AGUCCACUAAUAUUCGAAUCACGAGACUGAGAUCGACAGUCGGCCGGCAGCCACCAUCACACACGGUACCGCGGAAUGGAUUUUACCGGUAAAGUCGUUAUCGUCACCGGUGCGAGUUCCGGCAUUGGCGCAGCCACCGCCAAGCUGUUUGCACAACAUGGAGCUACACUCGCGAUCGUAGGCAGAAACGAGGCGAGAUUACACAGCGUAGGAAACCAGUGUGAAGCUGCCAAAGGAACACCGCCCCUAUGUCUCCUCUACGACCUGACUGUCGACCAAAAUUGUGAAGAACUCGUCGAAAAGACCCUACAAGCGUUCAAACAGAUCGAUGUUCUUGUCAACUGCGCUGGAAAAAUAAGCGUUACUUCACUGUUUGAUACCACAAUGGAGAAUUUUGAUGAUCUGGUUGCUAUAAAUCUUCGGGCACCUUACAAAAUGACUCAACUGUGUACGCCACAUUUAAGGAAGACUAAAGGGAAUAUUGUCAAUGUCUUCGGAGCUCCUACGGCAGUCAAACCUGGAUUCAUGCACUUUGGCAUGUGUAAAGAUGCCAUGCAGAGGUUCACGAAAGCAGGUGCUUGGGAGUUAGUCGUCGAGGGCAUAAGAAUGAAUGCAGUGCGUCCAGGGUUGACAAGAACUAAUAUUUUGGGCAACUUAAACGUCCAGGAAACUGAUAUGGAUCAAGCUUAUGAGAAACUUGCCAAGACUGUGCCUAGCAAUGUGAUCAUUGAGCCUGAAGAGGUAGCUAGAAUGAUUCUGUUUGCUGCAAGUGAUAUUGCCCCAAACAUGACCGGUGCUAAUUUAGUAGUUGAUGGAGCUGCAUCGGGCAACAUAUAGUGAGCGUGUGAUAAAAAUAAAAUCAAACAUGACAAAAUUACCGUGACCCAUAGUGUGAUUUAUGUUGAAAACAAUUUAAAUUUUGUCGCUGACAACGUAAAUACCACUGGAUUUCAUUGGGAAAUAUAACAAUAAUAUGGUAAGCCAUAUGUUAUCACAAUAAAACUCACUGGAGUAAAAUCUCAUAUUUUGUAA